AUGAGACCGAAACGUGGUGAUCUCGAACGCCCUCUUCGUCUUCCUAUGACUAAAGAGUCUGUUGUGGGUUUCGAUGGUGCUGUUACAUCAAUUCAGAACCUAGCCUUUACGGCCAUUUUCACCUUACACCUCGAUAUUCGAUGUGGAUCAAUAUACAUGAUAUCCCGAGCACUGAAAGGCAAAAAUGAUGGACAGCCACAGGAGCCGAACCGGAAUUCCUCAACCGAAAACAACUGGUCUUAUAUAUUAACGGUCGAACCAACAUCUGCUUCGCCUAUCGUGCUUGAAUUAAACAACGACCUUAUUUCGUUUGGUGCUAGAAUGUCCAACUAUCUGGGACCAAAUGAAUGCCGAUAUAUCACAUCUUGCCUUUCAAGACUCAUAGACCGUGCACUGGUAUCCAGCACUCGUUUUAUUGGUGCAAUGAACAGUUACGGAGCUUUGAGACUUCAGCUUGAUGUUCUUGUGCUUCAACAGAAUCUGAAGAAUAUUAUCGUUGUUUCCCCUUCCCCAGUGUCAUCCAAGAGCAGCCUAUCGUUGGACAAAGAUGUUGCUGCUUCUAUGCCCGAAGUAGUUGCACUCCCGCAAAGUGCCAAGUUCUUGGACUGGUUCCUUGAAGGGCCUGGCAAGACAUUACGAAAUGCAAAGGAAGAAAGAGAUAUGUUUAAGGAGAUGGGCAGCCAAGUCUUGACGGAAGGCAACGGGGAGCCGUUUACAUUUGAUGAGUUGAGGGUGCUGAUUGAGCUAUGUUACUCUGCUGCACUCAAAGGUCCUCAGGGGCCUGAGGCGAGAGAAGAGUUCAUGGCAGCUAAGCGUGGGCUUGACGAUUCAUUACUUAGAUUAAGUGAGGUUAUGUGGGAUGCUUGA